AUGAAGACCACCAUCAUCUCCACUGCUCUCCUGGCCGCUGCUAGCACUACUCUCGCAGCCCCCAGCACUGCCAAUUUCAAGCGUGCCCUUCAAUCCUUGGAGCUCAAGAACUUCUGGGGAAACCUUUACUCCCAAGAACUCCCCACAAGCUACAACAUCGGGUUUGCCUUGAAUGACCCCAACACCAACGUCAACACUGACUGCGAUGCAUUCUGGUCCCAGGGUCAAGCUGGAAGUUUGAUGUUCAACUGCUCCAACCCAGCUUAUCAGAUUGGCUUCCCCAGUGGAAUUUAUAACAUUGAGGACUUCGUUCUGCGUGUUUCUCGUGCUGAUGGUACUGAGGCUGGUCAGAACACUGUCUCUGGUGAUGAUUGGCAGUGCACGAAGCAUGAUGGUUACCCCGAGGAAACCUGUGAGUGGGUUGGUGUUUUCAACAUCAAUUUGUCUGCUUCUUCUUAA